UAAUUCAGUUUCUCUCAAACGACCACCUCUCAGUGCUUACAUCUCCAGUUCUCACUCACUCUCACUCGUUCUUAAACAGUCACCGCUGUUAACUAAUCAAAAUUAAACUUGAUUAAGAUCUUACUUAAUAAAAAAUGUCUUGGUUAGCUUCUCUGAAGAUUGUCCUGAUUUUGAGCGGCUUUGUGGCGUGGGCUCUGGCCAUGAAGAUCUCCGUUCCGAUGGCGGCGGAGUUCGUAGCCUCUAACUUUUCGGUCAUGUGCUCCUCAUUCCGAUUCUUGCUCCGCCCUCCGUACCUCUACGUCCUCGUCAACGGCAUCAUCAUCACCAUCGCCGCUUCCUCCAGAUUCGACGGCCACGGCAGGUCGCCUCAGCCGAAGCUUCAACCGGAGUCGGAGGUGAGCGUUUCGGAUCCGGCGGUGGUUUACGCGCCGAUGUAUCGAGAGCCGAAGGUUCAUAAGCUGACGUCUGCGGUUGUGAUCAAACCGGGGUCGGAGGCGGUUUACCAACCGAGGUAUCGAGAGCCGGAGGUUGUUCAUGAGCCGACGUCUGCGUUUGUGAGCAAUGGCUACGUAGAAGAAGCAAAGCCUGCGGUGGCUGAGAAUAAAGAUGAUCGCGAAUACGAAGAUAAGCUUGUGAUCUCGCCGCCGAAGAGUAUGGUGGAGUCCGAUGAUAUCGCUUUGCCGGUGGAGAAACCUCUAGUUUCGGCGAGACACAGUCGCCGGAAACCGGCUAGAUCCAGUCGCCGUAAACCGGCUAGAUCCAGUCCUGAAGGUGGGGAGCCUUUGAUAGUGGUGAAGCCAAAGCAGUACGACACGCUGGAGAGCACGUGGAAGGCGAUAACGGAAGGUCGGUCGAAUACGUUGAGCAGGCGCAUGGAGAAGUCCGAGACGUUGCAGAACUGUGGCCGUCAGUUAAACGUUGACUUGACGUCGGCAGGGGACACGCCAGUGAUGGCGAAGGCAGAGACGUUUAAGGACCGAAGCAACCAGAAACUGAGACGUGCAGCCGCCGUGGAUGGAAGUGGAGGGAGGCUGAGGAAAGAGCCGUCGCUGAGUCAGGACGAGUUGAACCGCCGAGUGGAAGAGUUCAUAAACAAGUUCAAUGAGGAAAUGAGGCUGCAGAGACAAGAGUCUUUGAAUCAGUACAUGAAAAUGGUCAACCGUGGAAGCCAUUGAUACACAUACUUGCUCAAACUUUUUUCUUCCCCCCAAUAAUUUAAUAGGUUUUUUUUUAAUAUUAGAUUGGAAUUAAUUUUAACAAAAAGAAAAAGAUAAAGAUAAACAAAAUUACAAUUAGGGUUUAAUUGGGACUGUUUUUGUUUUUCGUCAUGGGGAAGGAAAUACGUGUGGGUCUGUAAAGCAAGAAACCUUUUUAUCUUGUUCGUUCUUUUUCGUUCUUUUUUACUGUAAAGGAAAGUUCGAAAUUUUAAAAGAGUGUACUUUAAUGUAAGCUUUUUGUUAUGUCAUGAUUUUGACUUCACUGAA